AUGUUUCCUGCAAACGUUCCCAACUAUCCACCUUUUGGGUCAGUUCCAGGGGUGGAAACUUUCCAGCCGGAGGAGGCCGCUUGUUUUGGAAAGUUCCUGGGGGAGCCGCCCCCGCCCGCCUGCCGGGUUCCCACGCUCCUUUAUCACUGGGCGCUUAGAGGGGCUCAGAGCUGUGCAGGCCUGGCUCCUCCCAGAUGGCCGCCUCUGCCCGGGCGAUGCUCCCUCGCUUCCCCACGGAGCAGUCUCUCCCCCUGCCCCCACCGCAGCCCUGACCUUGAUAGGCUUGAUAGGCCUCCUGCUACAGGUGGGGGCACCGAGAACUCACAGCCACCCCCUUACCCCCUCUCCGGGGCGAGCCCCGUGGGAGUGGAGAGUCUGACCGCUGCUCCAGAAGGGGAAGAGGAGGGAGCCUGGGCUGGACGAGUGUCACGCUUUGAAAUCCGAUUCCUCGCUUGGUCUUCUGCCUCAGUUUCCCUUGCCUUAGUUUCUCCAGAGACGCCCCUUCCUCCAACCCACCAAAUAAUGAGUUUCCAAGCCUAA